AUGACAGGAAAAUAUCAAGGAGUUCAAUCCCGAAUCUUAAAUAUAAAUCCUCGAGCAUUUUUUACUCCUUGCGCUGCCCAUAAUUUAAAUUUAGUCUUGUGUGAUGCUGCUAAAAAUUCAACUAUAGCCAUUACAUUUUUUGAAGAAGUUUCUGAGACAGCUAAUGGUUUGAUGGCCCGAAGUGAGACUGUUUCACUAUCAAAUGAAAUCGGUAAUUAUAAAUUUAUAUUGAGUCUUGUGAUUUGGUAUGAUAUUUUAACAGAAUUUUUGCAUCAAUAUAGAGAAAAUGGGUUUAAUUUUGCGAAAAUUGCUGCUAAAAAAUUAGCCGAAGAUGCCGAUAUUGCAGUUGCUUUCAAAAAUCCAAGAGUAAGAAAAAAGACGAAAUUAUUCGAUUAUGAAAAUGUCGACGAACCUGUGUUAAAUAAUGAAGAUCGGUUUCGUACAAAUUAUAUUUUCAUCGUUCUUGACCAUGCAAUACAGUCGAUUGAGAAACGCUUUAAUCAGUUGAAGACUUAUUCGGACAAUUUUGGAUUUUUACAUCGCAUUGUUGACGAAGAUACAAAUACGCUCCAGGCACUUAAUAUUUUAAAAACAACUCACGGAUCAUUUCCUAAUCUAACCAUUGCUCUUAGAAUAAUGCUAACUAUUCAUGUGACAUCAGCUUGUGCAGAAAGAAGUUUUUCAAAGCUAAAAUUAAUAAAGACUUAUUUGCGCAAUCGGUUAGGCCAAGGCAAACUUUCUGAACUAGCUUUAAUAUCAAUUGAAGAAGAAAUAUCGUCCACCAUCGACUACAAACAUCUCAUCGACAUCUUCGCUUCGAAAAAGUCUAGAAAGAAAAUGUUUAGAUAUAUUCGAAAUUUGAAGUGCAAUAUUAUUGUGUUUAAUUUCAUAACAAUUACUACAUCAGAAAGUGCUGAGCGGCGGUUAGAAUAUACAAUCGAACUCAAAUCAUCACAUAACAUUGAAAGAAAUCCUAAAGAAGAGCUGCGAGGUAAGAGCGCCGACUUCAUAAUGUAUCUCAACAGAUUGGAUGAUGACAAUAGAAACAAAAUCCAAUUGAAAGAAAUGGAUGUUCACGGAAAAUGCAGCCGAUUAUGUGCAAGAACAGACAAUGCAACACCUGGUAGUCGGGGACAUGGUCCGGAUAACUACUAG